AUUAUCAUACAAAAGGAAAUGGGAAACCUAUAUGGAACACAACUUGGAACAAAAAGCAUCUUUGAGGAUGAAAGCAUGAAACUGCGACAGCUGAAACUUCAGAAUCAGAGAGCACUUCUAGAGAAGAAGCAGAGGAAGAAACGUCUGGAUCCGUUGAUGGUACAGCCAAAUCCUGAGGCCAAGCUGCGCAGAUCCAAGCCCAAAGGGUGUGAGGAGCAGGCUCCUUUAGUAGAAACUCCUACUCCUGUCCACAGUGAUGUUGUUUUACAUGGCAUUGACGGACCAGCUGCUUUCCUGAAAUCAGAAGUGCAGGAUUUGGGGACCAAGCUCCAAACUCUGUCUGUUGGAUCUACCAAGCCAGAAGACAGUGCAGAUAAGGAAAUUAAUGGAGAGGCUGUGACAGACACAGCAAGCAAGCCAGAUCUGCAAGAAAUAUUACAGAAACGAGGAAUUUCAGGCAGUUUGAAUUUUGAUGAGGAGGACACAGAAGAGGAGGAAGCUAGUAAGAGACCAGUGUCUCAUUCAUCAUGUCCUGAAUCUGAGAGGCCUAGUUCUGCAUCCAGUGAGAAGUCUUUUGCAGAAACAGGUGCUUCCUGUAGUCCAUCCCCUCAGGCAGAUGCACAGCUGGGAGAAGUAGAGAACUUGGAGGAUUUUGCAUUGCGCCCUGCACCCCGUGGAAUUAGUAUCAAGUGUCGAAUCACUAGAGAUAAAAAGGGGAUGGACCGGGGGCUCUUCCCUACUUACUACAUGCAUCUGGAAAGGGAUGACAACAAAAAGACAUUCCUUCUUGCAGGGAGAAAAAGAAAGAAGAGCAAAACAUCCAAUUACCUCAUAUCAGUUGACCCAACUGAUUUAUCUCGGAAAGGAGAAAGUUUCAUUGGAAAACUCAGGUCAAACCUCAUGGGAACCAAAUUUACAGUCUAUGACCAUGGUGUUAACCCAGUCAAGGCACAAAGUCUAGUGGAAAAGGCUCAUACAAGACAGGAGCUCGCAGCUAUUUGUUAUGAAACUAAUAUCUUAGGAUUUAAGGGUCCCAGAAAAAUGUCUGUGAUCAUUCCAGGAAUGAACAUGAAUCAUAAGCGAAUUCCAAUCCGUCCACGAAAUGAGCAUGAGGGUCUGCUGUCAAAAUGGCAAAACAAAAAUUUAGAGAACCUCAUUGAGUUGCACAACAAGGCUCCAGUCUGGAAUGAUGAUACUCAAUCCUAUGUUUUGAACUUCCAUGGGAGAGUCACUCAGGCCUCAGUAAAGAACUUCCAGAUUGUCCAUGACAAUGACCCUGACUACAUAGUGAUGCAGUUUGGUCGUGUAGCAGAAGAUGUGUUCACUCUGGACUAUAAUUACCCUCUCUGUGCUCUUCAGGCUUUUGCUAUUGGACUCUCCAGCUUUGAUAGUAAAUUGGUCUGUGAAUGAGGGACAGCAGACUUGAAAUUUGCAACUCACUCCCACCCCUACAUUUUGAAGAGUUCCAGGUGUAGCAAUGAAGAGCAUAUUGGAAGGGAAAUGGAGGACAGACUUCUGCAGGCUUAUUAGAAAACCUAUGCCAGCCUUCAGAGCAUUGUGGGAGUUGACAGCAGACCACCUUGGGAACAGCCCCUGUAUGGAUUGUGGAAGAACAAGAAAUCUAUGUGAUGUUUCUGUCAUUGGUGUUGAUUCUGCUUUUAGAAUCCUUGUUUACAGAUGCUGCAUGAGAGCGGGAUAAGCCCACUUACUGGAACUCCUUGCAGCUAGGAUUAGAAAAAUAAUGGCUAAAUGUUCAUUUACCUUGAAGCUUCCACAAAGCCUGGGAGGUGAUGCUACUCAAGAGUUCCUAAUUAGAUGAAUUCAGAAAAAAAA